ACAAGGUGUCUCUUCGGAGAAGAAACCUGAGCCCCAGGGAGGCGGCGCGGAGCGACCGGAGGAGGGCUGGCGCGAACCCGGAGGGAGAGCGCUUGGCAGCGCUCAAGGACCAGCGGGAGCUCGGCCGCAGCGGACCCUUGCGACCCGCUCCUGAGAUCCCGGCUCCACGCUCUCGAAUUUUACAGAUCUCCCCCCGCGACUGUCUCUCCCCAAAACGGAGCCUUUAUAUCAAGAGAAGGUGAGGGAGCUGGGGCAACCAGGACUUUCCCGGGCACCCAAGAUGCGCUCCAUUAGGAAGAGGUGGACGAUCUGCACAAUAAGUCUGCUCCUGAUCUUUUAUAAGACAAAAGAAAUAGCAAGAACUGAGGAGCACCAGGAGACGCAACUCAUCGGAGAUGGUGAACUGUGUUUGAGUCGAUCCUUUGUCAAUAGUUCUGAUAAAAUCAUUCGAAAGGCUGGCUCUUCAAUCUUCCAGCACUCUGUAGAAGGUUGGAAAAUCAAUUCCUCUUUGGUCCUGGAAAUAAGGAAGAACAUUCUUCGUUUCCUAGAUGCAGAAAGAGAUGUCUCAGUGGUCAAGAGCAGUUUUAAGCCUGGUGAUGUCAUACACUAUGUGCUAGACAGGCGUCGGACACUAAAUAUUUCUCAGGAUCUUCACAGCCUCCUACCUGAAGUUUCACCAAUGAAAAAUCGUAGAUUUAAGACCUGUGCAGUUGUUGGAAAUUCUGGCAUUCUGCUAGAUAGUGAAUGCGGAAAGGAGAUUGACAGUCACAAUUUUGUAAUAAGGUGUAAUCUAGCCCCUGUGGUGGAGUUUGCUGCAGAUGUGGGAACUAAAUCAGAUUUUAUUACCAUGAAUCCAUCAGUUGUACAAAGAGCAUUUGGAGGCUUUCGGAAUGAGAGUGACAGAGAAAAAUUUGUGCAUAGACUUUCCAUGCUGAAUGACAGUGUCCUUUGGAUCCCUGCUUUCAUGGUCAAAGGAGGAGAGAAGCACGUGGAGUGGGUUAAUGCAUUAAUCCUUAAGAAUAAACUGAAAGUGCGAACUGCCUAUCCAUCAUUGAGACUUAUUCAUGCUGUCAGAGGUUACUGGCUGACAAACAAAGUUCCCAUCAAAAGACCCAGCACAGGUCUCCUCAUGUAUACACUUGCCACAAGAUUCUGUGAUGAGAUUCACCUGUAUGGAUUCUGGCCAUUCCCUAAGGAUUUGAAUGGAAAAGCUGUCAAAUAUCAUUACUACGAUGACUUAAAAUAUAGGUAUUUUUCCAAUGCCAGUCCUCACAGAAUGCCAUUAGAAUUCAAAACGUUGAAUGUGCUACAUAAUAGAGGAGCUCUGAAACUAACAACAGGAAAGUGUGUAAAGCAAUAAAGCACAUUUGAAAACAUACAAACAAACUGAAUAUGCACUUCUUUUCUGAAGAUGCUUCCUAAGAUUUGAAAAUGGGAUCCAAAACAAGACUGAGUUUCAGCAUCCACCAAGUAUCAGCAAGGUGAUAAAGGACACUUAUGAGAAAUCCACUACCAGCUGAUGAAAUACCUGCGAAGUGCUCUAAAAAACACAUAUUUUGACUUCAAGGGUCCUAGUAAGUGCCACUUCCACUAAGAACACAGUUUGAAUGUAUAAUCAGUAGUGUUUACAAGAUCCAACAAUGCACUUGUCAUUAGUUAAUGAGGCAAAUAUGUUCAUCAAUGUUGGGCUGCCACGGCAAUGCCAAGCACAUUAGAAAAGUCACCCAGGAACACAACUCAGCCCUGGGGAUUAAACCGUCCUUGUCAGCAGAAACCGAGAUGGAAAGAGUUUGAGCAGUGAAAUCCAUAAGAUGAAACAACUCAAGUAAAUGCCUUCAGUCAGGACUCUGAGUCUGAUCAUGAACUUUUGUUUUUGCUUUUGUUUUUGUCUUCUGGAAUCUCUUUUGGUUUGGGUAUUGGGUGCUUAGAAAUCCUUUCUGAGAUAAAUAUGAAUGAG